CGGUGGCGGGAGCGGACUGCACGUGUAGCAGCAGCGCGGUGCGGCCCGGCCGCCGCCGCUGCUGCUAUGGCGGCCGUGCGCGUGGAGGAGGUGCUGGCGGCCGCCGAGGAGCAGGAGGCGGAGAAGCGGCGGAGCAUCACGGUGGAGAAGGAGCUGGAGCUGGAGUUCGACCUGGGCAACCUGCUGGCGCUGGACCGCAACCCGCCGGCGGCGGCAGGGCUGCGCGGGGCCGGUCCGCAGCGAGAGGCGCUGCUGCGGGCGCUGGCCCGCGACAACACGCAGCUGCUGGCGACCAGGCUCUGGGAGCUGCCGGCGGAGCGCGCUGGCGGGGCCGGGGGGCCGCUAGUGGCGCGACUGCCCGAACCGACCUUCCGCCUGCCGCGGGAGAAGCCGCCGCCGCGGCCGCGGCCGCCGACGCGCUGGGAGCAGUUCGCGCGGCUGAAGGGCAUCCGCCGGCGCAAGCGGACCUCGCUCGUGUGGGACGAGCAGGCCAAGGAGUGGCGACGGCGCUGGGGCUACAAGCGGGCGGGCGGCGACCCGGCCCGCGCCUGGCUAGCGGAGGUUCCGGCGGGCGCCGACCCGGAGGAGGACCAGUUCGCCAGGCUGCGGCGAGAGAAGCGGGAGCGGGUGGCGCGCAACGAGCUCAACCGCCUGCGUAACCUGGCCCGCGCCCACCGCGCCGGAGCCGCCGGCCCCGCCGCGCCCCUCCAUCCCACCGGCCACCAGAGCCGGGAGGAGCUGGGCCACGUCGCACGCGUCGCCCGCGUCUCCACCGCCUCGCUCGGCCGCUUCCAGCCCCGGCUGCCCAAGGAGCCGGCAGAGCCGCCGUCCCGCAACGGCGGCAGGAAGCGCCGCUUCGAGCCGCUGCUGGGCAAUCUGGCGGCCGAGCGCAGCCGGCAGCUGGAGCUACUGCGGGACAUGGGCAGCAAGAAGCCCGUCCUCGACAUCACCCGAGCUGUCAACAAGCAGCUGCGGCAGGAGGAAGCCGAGGCGGCUGCCGCCAAGGGCAAGAAGCAGUCACAGCGGGGCAAGCGUGGCCGCCGGCAGCAGCGGGUGGGCCGCAGCGGCAAGAAGAGCGGAGCCCGGCGGCAGCAGCAGCGGCCUGCUGGCAGCAGCACCGGCACCAGCAGUGGUGGCAGGAGAAAGAAGGCGUAAGGAACAGAGGGACUGUGCACAGUAUGGGGCUGGGGAUGUCCACCAAGGCCUGGGAAGGGACUGCUGCUGCCAGCCUCCCACAUGAUGCUCUAUUCCCAUACCUAUUUGUCAAUAAAUAUGCUCCAGCCUUUCUAAAA